AUGGAUAAGGCCAAAGAGGCAAUUCAGCACUUGUAUGGGUCAGAGAGGACUAAAUAUGAACCCAUAUGGCGCAUAAUUGAUCGAAGGUGGAACCGACAACUCCACCAACAUAUCCAUGCUGCUGCCUACUAUUUGAACACCAAGUUAUUUUACUCUCGCAGUUUCAAAAUAGAUCAGGAGGUUCAACUUGGCCUUGACACAUGUAUUCAAAGGUUGGUUCCUGAUGAAAAUAUUCAAGACAUCAUUGUUGAUGAGUUGCAGAGGUACAAGAAGGAAGCUGGGCCAUUGUUUUCUUCACCUAUUGGUAUUCGUAAGAGAGACACCCUGUUGCCAGAUAAAAAAAAUCCUUGUAGUGCUUCUGGUUGUGAGCGCAACUGGAGUGUCUUUGAGGCCAUUCACACAAAAAAGAGCAAUAGGUUGACUCAGAAGUGCUUGAAUGACCUUGUAUAUGUGUGGUACAACCUUCGACUGCAUGAAAAGAGGGUACAAGGGAACAAUUCAUAUGACGCACUUGACAUUGAUGAGAUUGAUCCAUACACAGCGGAUUGGAUUGCUGAACCUGAUGGUGCUACUGGUGAUAUUGAUCUGGAUGCAUUUAUCACUAACGCUCAAUUAGAUGAGAUGGAGAGGAAGGCAGCUAAAUGGGCGGCAGAGGUGGCAGAACGUGAGGAGGCGGGAGAUGAGUUUGUUGAUCCAGAAGAGGCAGAUUCAUCACCGGUUGAGGAUAUUGCAGCAGCGGCAGCUGCUGCUGCAACACCAUUUACUUCAACACCCACUCAGUGGCAACAGAGUUUUUUGAGCUUUAGUCGCAAACGCAAUCUAUGA